CAGGCAGUUGAUUUACACGGUGACUGCGAUGCUGAUCAUCAACGCCUGAAGAUUGCAGGCAGGGUCCUCCCAGGCAGCGGGAGGUGGGGCGCGCAGCUCCUGUCGCCUAUAAGGAGCUGCCUAGCGCCUGGUUUGCCGAGUCUGAGUGUGAGCUCCGAAGGUGAAUUUCAGUGGUCGAUUUGCACGGGUCCGCCGUUUGCCUGGACCUGCCCCUUUAAGACGAUUGCUGUAGGAGUGUCUCUCUCGCUACAGCUUCAUCUGGAGUGUCUGGAUGGUGGAUGAAGUCAAUGAGCAAAGGGAAGGGGCGCAAACCCAGAGGAGAGCCCGGCUGGCAGUCUGAAAUUGGGGAUUAGGGAGCCAGACGCCUGCUCGCCCUGUGUAGACAAUGGAUUCUGCUCCCCAACUCUCCACUCGUUUGAUUUUGCUGCUCUCCAGUCUGUGGCAUCUGGGAUUAACAGCAACAAAUUAUAAUUGCGAUGAUGCACUAGUAUCCUCAUUGCCUCUGACCGCCUUUGACAGCUCCUCAGAGCUCUUCAGCGUUCACAAUCCCAGCUUCGCCAAGCUCAACAGACGGGAUGGAGCUGGUGGUUGGUCCCCAUUGGAAUCUAAUCCGAAACAAUGGCUUCAGAUUGAUCUGGGAGACAGAGCUGAGAUUACAGCAGUCGCCACCCAAGGCAGGUACGGAAGCUCUGACUGGAUAACAAGCUACAUUCUAAUGUUCAGCGAUACAGGACGCAACUGGAAGCAGUACAGACAAGAAGACGGGAUCUGGAGCCGUGUGAAAGAGAGAGAGAGAAAGUGUGCAUCACAGGUCUUCACAGGGAACACUAAUGCAGACAGUGUGGUACAUCACAAACUUCUGCACUCCGUGAAAACCCGCUUCCUGCGCUUCGUCCCUCUGAAAUGGAAUCCCAGUGGCAGAAUAGGCCUGAGAGUUGAGGUCUAUGGUUGCUCAUACAAAUCGGACAUAGCAGAUUUCGAUGGCAGAAGUUCCCUCCUGUACAGAUUCAAUCAGAAAAUGAUGAGCACCUUCAAAGACGUGGUUUCCCUAAAGUUCAAGAGCAUGCAGGGGGAUGGAGUCUUAUUCCACGGAGAGGGACAGCGCGGAGACUACAUUACACUGGAGCUGCAGAAAGGGAAACUCUCCUUGCACAUUAACCUGGGAGAUGCCAAGCUGCGUUUCAGCACCAGUCACACAUCAGUCACCCUGGGCAGCCUCCUGGAUGAUCAGCAUUGGCACUCGGUUCUCAUUGAACGCUUCAACAAGCAAGUGAACUUCACGGUGGACAAGCACACUCAGCAUUUCCGAACCAAGGGGGAUUCAGAUCACCUGGACAUUGAUUAUGAGCUCAGUUUCGGGGGGAUCCCAGUCCCAGGAAAGCCAGGAACCUUUCUGAAGAAAAAUUUCCUUGGAUGCAUCGAGAACCUUUAUUACAAUGGAGUCAAUAUAAUUGACCUGGCAAAAAGGCGUAAACCUCAGAUCUACACUGUGGGCAACGUGACUUUUUCCUGCUCAGAACCACCAAUUGUUCCCAUCACCUUUGUCAGCUCCAGCAGCAGCUAUUUGCUUUUACCUGGCACCCCCCAGAUUGAUGGGCUGUCCGUCAGCUUCCAGUUUCGAACGUGGAACAAAGACGGGCUGCUUCUGUCCACGGAGCUGUCUGAAGAUUCCGGAGUUCUCCUGCUUUACCUUCACAUUGGCAGGUUGACACUUGUCAUACAGAAAGUGGCAGAAAACUCCAUGGAGAUCAGUGCAGGCAGCAAUCUCCAUGACGGGCUCUGGCAUUCAGUUAACAUAAACGCCAGAAGGCAUCGCAUCACCCUGACUCUGGAUAACGACGUCGCCGCAGCUGCUCACGCAACCACCCUCUCGCAGAUCUAUUCUGGGAACAGCUACUAUUUCGGAGGGUGCCCUGACAAUUUCACCGAGUCCCAAUGUUUAAAUCCCAUUACUGCUUUUCAAGGCUGCAUGAGGCUCAUCUUUAUUGAUAACCAGCCCAAGGACCUCAUUUUAGUUCAGCAAGGUUCCCUGGGGAAUUUUAGUGAUUUACACAUUGAUCUGUGUGACAUCAAAGACAGAUGUUUGCCCAACUACUGUGAACAUGGAGGAAAAUGCUCCCAGUCCUGGACCACCUUUUACUGUGAUUGUAGCGAAAUGGGUUACAUGGGAGCAACCUGCCAUAACUCCAUCUAUGAACAGUCGUGUGAAGCCUAUCGUCACAAAGGGAAGACGUCUGGUUUCUUCCAUAUUGAUUCCGAUGGAAGUGGACCGCUUGGACCGUUCCAGGUUUACUGCAAUAUCACGGAAGAUAAGAUCUGGACUGCGGUACAGCACAACAACACAGAGCUAACCAGAGUCCAAGGGGCUGACCCUGAGAAACCAUAUGCCAUGUACUUUAACUACAGCAGCAGUCUGGACCAGAUUGAGGCCAUGAUAAACAGCGCAGAGUACUGUGAACAGGAGGUGGCUUACCACUGCAAAAAGUCCCGUCUGCUGAACACCCCGAAUGGAAUGCCGUAUGUUUGGUGGGUUGGCCGUGCCAAUGAAAAGCAUCCUUACUGGGGAGGAUCUCUUCCUGGGGUUCAGCAAUGUGCCUGUGGACUGGAAGAAAGUUGUCUGGAUAUGAGAUAUUUCUGCAACUGUGAUGCCGAUAAAGAAGAAUGGACACAUGAUACUGGCCUUCUUUCCUUCAAAGACCAUUUGCCUGUAACUCAACUCAUGAUCACUGACACAAACAGGUCAAACUCGGAGGCUGCUUGGAGAAUCGGCCCCUUGCGUUGCCACGGAGACAGACAGUUCUGGAACGCAGCUUCCUUCAACACAGAGGCCUCCUAUCUUCACUUCCCCACCUUCCAUGCAGAGUUCAGCGCAGACAUUUCCUUUUUCUUCAAAACCACGGCUGUGUCUGGGGUCUUCCUGGAAAACCUUGGGAUUAAGGACUUCAUCCGCAUCGAAAUAAGCUCCCCCAAGGAGAUCACCUUCUCCAUAGAUGUUGGAAACGGGCCUAUGGAAGCUACGGUGCAGUCUCCCACGUCUCUGAAUGACAACCAAUGGCACUUCGUCCGAGCCGAGAGGAACCUCAAGCAAACAUCUCUUCAAGUGGAUAACCUUCCUAAAAAGAUUCUGGAGGCACCUGCCGAGGGGCAUUUUCGUUUGCAGCUUAACAGUCAAUUCUUUGUAGGGGGAACGGCUUCCAGACAGAAAGGUUUCUUGGGAUGCAUCCGCUCUUUACAUUUAAAUGGGCAGAAACUGGACCUGGAAGAGAGGGCUAAAAUGACCCCUGGAGUCAAGCCUGGCUGCCCGGGACACUGUAGCAGUUAUGGUAAUCUCUGUCACAACGGAGGCAAAUGCGUGGAGAAAUACAACGGUUAUUUCUGUGACUGCACCAGCUCUCCCUACGAAGGGCCCUUCUGCAAGGAAGAGGUUUCUGCAGUGUUUGAAGCUGGCACCUCAGUUACCUAUAUUUUCCAAGAGCCUUAUCCAGUGACCAAAAAUGCAAGCACUUCAUCCUCUGGCAUUUAUGCAGACGCCAUCAUGUCCAAGGAAAACAUUGCAUUUAGCUUCCUGACAGCACGUGCUCCAAGCCUCCUGCUCUACAUCGACACCUACUUUCAUGACUAUUUGGCUGUGAUUCUCUCCAAAAAUGGAAGCUUACAAGUCCGAUACAAGUUGAGUAAGGAUGGCUUCCUCGUUUUCACCAUUGACUCUGGAAACCUUGCCAACCGGGAAUUACACCAUGUGAAGAUCAACAGAGAAGGAAAAGAACUCAUCAUUCAGGUUGAUCAAGUUCUCAAACUCAAGCACAACCUCUCGGAGAUUGACUUCAAGGCCAUCAAAUCGCUCACCUUGGGCAAGGUCGCAGAUAGUCUGGGGCUAGAUUCUGAGGUCUUGAAGGCGAACUCGCAUGGCUUUACGGGAUGCCUGUCCUCUGUCCAGUACAAUCACAUAGCUCCAUUGAAGGCCGCCUUACGACAUCCCAGCAUAGCCCCCGUGACUGUCAAAGGCUCCUUGACUGAAUCGAGUUGUGGAUACAUAGCAGAGGCUGAUGUGAACACCAUCACCACAGUAUAUUCCUCAUCAGAUCCCUUUGGGAAGUCGGAUGAGCGGGAGCCCCUCACCAAUGCAAUCAGAAGCGAUUCAGCUGUUAUUGGAGGUGUAAUAGCAGUCGUAAUAUUCAUCAUCUUUUGCAUCGUGGCCAUCAUGAGCAGAUUCCUCUACCAGCACAAACAGACACAUCGAAGUAGCCAGGCAAAGGAGAAAGAAUACGCAGAAAACCUCGACAGUUCCUUUAAAACUGACAUUGACUUGCAGAACACAGUGAGUGAGUGCAAACGGGAAUAUUUCAUCUGAUGGAUUGUGUGGUUCCUUCUUACUCUCCUCCCCACACCUGGCCUUUUUUUCUUUUCUUACCCAUUAAUUUAUUUGCCAGCUUUUAAACCUUUUGGAAGGAGACUGCCCUGCACAGGAGAGACUGGCAGACACUUCAAUGCCUCAUUCCCUUCACAAAAACCUGCCACAGUUACAUCGGCAUCUCAAGAGACCUGCUAUUCUACUCUGGACAGAAUAAGUUCACGGACUUGCAUGGUUACCUAUUAAGUUUCUGGAUUUCUCAAGUCUUAUGUUGUUUUCUGGAACCAUUUAACUCACCACUUUGUAUCUGAUCUGAGCUAUAUAAACUAGAGGUAAAGUACUGUAGCUAAAUAAGUAGCAUCACAGCUUUUGGGACAGGGUAGCAGGAAAGAAUAAGACCAAAAUGCCUGAUUUAUUAUAAGAUGCAUUUAAACCAAUCAUAAAGUAGCAGCUAGGUCCUCAGUUGAUGUCAUUUGCCAUCAAACCGUUGACUUCAAUGGAAUUACACCAGUUUUCACCAGCUGGGAAUCUGGCAAGAAGUUACAAUUAUUAUUUUCUUUCUCUCCUUAAGCUCCUUCCCCCAUCCUUUUACUGUAACUUUUAGGCUUACAAAUGUUUUUAAAAAAUACAGGAAUACUGAUAACAGCAUUGGACAAAAUUCAUUCCAGUGCACCUUGUAUACCUCCGUCUCAUAAGUAUGACUAUUUAGAACCAACGUACUCUAGCAUAAUUCUAGAUGAAGCAUGGAAGAUAGUACUUAAAGGGUUUUAGGAGGCUUCUAGGACUUAGGUGCUCUAUAAAUUUCUCUGAUGACUUGUCUGAAACAUUAGAAGUACAGCAUACACACGCUAACAUCAUAUAGAGAAUGAUCUUGUGCUGAGGUCAAACACUUAAGCGACUGUGGCAAAAAACAAACAAAAGAAGAAGACAAACCAACCCCACCCAAACCAUGAGAUCUAAAUUCUGCUGAUUCAUAUAAAAAAGCCAAAAUUGUUAUUAAAUUGCUUUUAAAAAACUGCAUGAAUGAAGCGAUGGUGCUUCCUGUUUGUAGAAACCAGGAUGUUUCCCCUCAAAGCUAAGGAAAAGGUGGCUUUUAAAAAUCUGCGCCAGACAAACUGGAUGAGGUUAACAUCUUUUGUGGACAAACUUCUGUUGGUGAAAGAGACAAGCUUUUGAGCGUACACAGCGCUUUUCGUCAGUCUAAGCUCGAAAGCUUGUCUCUCUCGCCAACAGAAAUUGGUCCAAUAAAAGAUAUUACCUCACCCACCUUGUCUAAUAUCCUGGGACUCACAUGGCUAUGAUAACACUUAGUACAUGCUCCUUUACAAUUUUCUCCUUGUGAAUGAAUUUGACUAAGUUCUGGAUUUUUAAUUUUCUUCUCUCCCUUUCUCCAAUGGUUUUCUGUUCUCUCCUGUUUGGGGACACUGGCUAGCGGAAGUAGAAGGGACUCUAAUCUGCCUCCUCUAUUCUUUCUGACGGAUCACUGAACGUGGAAUCAAAUUUCUCUUUCACUCAAAAAAUAGUGCGGGGGGGAGGGGGAGCUUGAGCCCAGCGUGAGCUUGCAUGAUGGUCCCAUCCCAGAUGCUAGAUGUGUGUUUAAUGUCAUACAGGGCCCGUCCUGGGAGCUUAACAGUCUAAGGAUCUGAUCCAAUGCCCAAGAGAAAAGGGGAGUCUUCCCAUUGAUUUCAGGGGGCUUUGGUUCAGGCUCUAGGGAAUCAGCCGUACAUCAGGACCCCUGGACCCAUAUGGAGUCCACAUGGUCACAAGGGUUUGCACUACCAGAUCUUGCUGCAGCAAAGGGACCAAUAACAAACAAUAGAAAGCACUGCAGCUGCACAAAGCCCCAGAUGGCCAGGGCUGUAUAGCGGGCGGGAGAGGGGGCUGGGGAGGGGAUUAAAUAAUUGUAGGGAGCUUGGAUUAAUGGUUGCAGAUGGUGGCUGAUAGGCCGCAGGGAAGUAGAUGUUGAGAAGGAAUAUGAGACAGUCUUGGUUUGCUAUUCAGCACGCUCACUGAGUUACACUACAGUCAUCUUUGGUCUCUUGACCGUCUUUGGGGGUGAGUGAGAUCAGUAAAAGCUAGGCUAAUACAACGAUCGUCAGGCCAACCGAUCUGCUUUACAAGGCAAGCUUAAACUUAAAGGAAGGAUGGCGCUGCUUCUCCCAGCUCCUGCCAGCCAGCAGCCACCGCGUCUUGUGCCAGCGGCUUGUAUGACAUUUGGUUAUGAGUGCCUUUGCAUGCCAUGACGGACUCAUUAGCAGGAAGAUAGUGAAAGAUGCAGAAAGGAAUGCACCUAAGGAAAUUCUCAGCAAAGAGUUUCUUCCAUAGAUAAAGCUGCUCUGCUUUGCAUGUUACAGGUGGACGCGGGGACAAGCAUACAUAGGAACAAAUGUUCAUCUCCCUUUCUAUGGACUCCAGGUUUUUCUUCAUUAUUUUCAGCAUGGUUUUGUCCAAGUUAUCUCAUUUUGAAUGCUCUCACUGAGAAGGAGCUAUUAAUUCCCCCAAACAUGUAUUGCCUUUAGGAAGAAGAGAUGGGGAAUCAAAAUCCACAUUGUAUUCUGAUCUCCCGCCCCCCAUUACUGUGCCAUGUAUUUUUCCCUGGUCAACAUGGCAGAUUAUAAAUAAUCUUUGUGCUUGGCUACAUAUUCUUCUUUUCUUUAUAUAAAAAGUCACAGUAAGAUAGAGUGAUCUAGUCCCAAGCAAGUACAGUAAUUAAAUGGAUAGAUUAGGGAAGGGAUGAGCAAUCAAAUAGAAUCCCCUCAUUAUUUAAGUCCCUGAGAGGACAAGAUUGCUUCAUGCAGUCCUAGAGUCUGAGCCUGCAAGGUGCCAAGCAUUCUCAAGUUGUAGGGAUGGCCCUAGUCAGGGCUUUGGAUCCGGCCCAUGAGAUUGCCCCCUGUGGCCCCGCGCUGCUCUCAGAAGCGGCAGGCACCACUUCCCUGCGGCCCUCUUGGGGGGGCAGAGGGCUCCGUGUGUUGCCCUUGUCUGCAGGCACCACGGGGAACCGCGGCCAAUGGGAGCUUCAGGGGAGAUACCUGGAGGCGCACACGGAGCCUUCUGCUCCCCUGCCCCCAGGGGCCACAGCGCUUCCUGGAGUGGCGCAGGGCCGGGGACAAGACAGGCAUGCAGGGAUCCUGCCCUGGCCCCGGUGCACA